AUGUCCCUCCUCCGUCCCUCUCUGCUCCGUCUCGCCGCCUCCGUCUCGAAAGCGCCUCUGACCUCGCUCCCUACAACAGAUCUGCUCGACAGCGCGGCCGAACAACUUCUUCCCCCUCUGCCACUCUAUCGAAGGCUAUUGAGGGUCCAUCGAAAAGUGUUACCGAUCGAGUUGAGGGUGAUGGGGGAUGAGUACGUGAAGGUGGGUUCGGACGAUGUUUUGGAUGCGGGAUUUGGAGCCGUAGUUUUGGAAGGGUACCAACACCACCCUCCUUCGUUCGCCUCCCCAUUCCCCAGGCUGAAUUCCGUCGAACCCGAACCACGGACAAUCCCUUACACAUCGUCGGCUUUUUGAGCGAAUGGAAAAAGUACCUCGAUCAUCAUGAGCAGAUGUUGCAGCAAGGGGAAGGGGCGCAAUCAGAAGGGGAAGGUGUGAACAAGUGGGGUAAGAAGUUGGAUGCCGAGUUGUUUGAGAGGGUACGUUCCCUGAGGCUUUGAUGUUUUGUGUUUCAUAUUUGGGCGGAGUUGAGAGCUGAGAUAUCUUGAAUCAACACCGUCCCCGUGUCGAUCUUCGUACUCGCUCCCUCGUCACCCAUCAUUCGGCAACUCGGGCUUGGAAAUUUCUUUCCCCCCCCGGCCCUUACCACCUCACCAGCUCUCGGCGGACCAAUUAGGCCAACUGUACGAACUGAUGCAAGCCACCAAGGAGGUGUACAUGACCCCGGAGGAGAUUGCCGCCGCCCAAGAUCGAUCGUCCUCGGCGUCUUCGCAAAGGGAGCAAGGAAUUCCGAGUGGGGAGGUCGUACCUGACUUGGGGAAGAAAUGA